UUGAGGGGUGGGCUGGCUGGGUAAGGUGUGAGGCCCCCUGUGGAGCUACCCUAGAAUAAGUGGGUUCAAACUUAUCAAUUUGACUCCAAAUGUCAUGAUUGUUUUUAUAAUCCACUAAUACUAAUACUCUAAUACUCAGAGCUGGGAGUUACUGAACUUUGUGGGUGAAUGUGGAAUGAUACUGAUGGCAUGAAUACUGUCCUUCUAGGAUUUCUUGGUUUCUCUGUGGAGCUCUUAAGCCUUACCCCUUACUGGAGGCUGCAGGAUCUUCCAUUCAUUCCAACCCCAGCCCACAUACAGACACCUCUCCCUCCAGCUUUGGAAGGUGGGCUGAGGCCCAGGGUGAACAUGCCAGCUAAUGGGAAAUCACCCCAGAGGUUCCCUGCCCUGGUUCCAGGAGAACCUGGCAGAUCAUUUGAGAUUGUUGUUACAGGGAUCAGUGUCAUUCGAGGACGUGGCUGUGGAUUUUACCCGGCAGGAGUGGCAUGGACUAGAUCCUGCUCAGAGGACUAUGCACAAGGAUGUGAUGCUGGAGAACUACAGCAACCUGGCAUCUGUGGGCCUCUGCGUGGCCAAACCAGAGAUGAUCUUCAAGUUGGAGCGAGGGGAAGAGCUGUGGAUAUUAGAGGAGGAAUCUUCAGGGCAUAAUUACUCAGGCUCUCUCUCACUGCUGUGUGGCAACAAUUCUGUUGAGGGUAAUGCCCUUUUGCUUGAUAAGGACAUUCUUCAGCAUCAGAAGAUUCAAACUUUGGAUCAAACUGUUGAAUAUAAUGGCUAUGGGAAAGCCUUUCAUAAGAAAACAGACUUUGUUAGACAUAGGAGAACACACACAGGAGAAAAAAACUUUGAAUGUCAUGAAUGUGGGAAAACUUACUGCAGAAAAUCAAACCUUGUUGAACACCUGAGACUACACACUGGGGAGAGACCCUAUGAAUGUGGUGAAUGUGGAAAAACCUUCAGUGCAAGAUCAUAUCUUGUUGCUCAUCACAAAACUCACACAGGGGAAAAGCCUUUUAAAUGUAUUGAAUGUGGGAAAUCUUUCGCCAGGAAGUCACAGCUCAUCCUACAUCAGAGAACACACACAGGAGAGAGACCUUAUGAAUGUAAUGAAUGUGGAAAAACCUUUUCUGAAAAGGCAACCCUCACUAUUCAUCAGAGAAUGCACACAGGGGAGAAACCCUAUGAAUGUAGUGAAUGUGGAAAAAACUUCCGUACAAAGAAUUCCCUAACUCAACAUCAAAGGGUUCACACAGGCGAGAAACCCUAUGAAUGUGAUGAAUGUGGGAAAAACUUCCGUACAAAGAAUUCCCUAACUCAUCAUCAAAGGAUUCACACAGGCGAGAAACCCUAUAAAUGUAGUGAAUGUGGGAAAUUCUUUAGAAUGAAGAUGACUCUCAAUAAUCAUCAGAGAACUCAUACAGGUGAAAAACCUUAUCAGUGUAAUGAAUGUGGAAAAUCUUUCAGGGUGCAUUCAUCUCUUGGUAUACAUCAGAGAAUUCACACAGGAGAGAAACCUUAUGAAUGUAAUGAAUGUGGUAAUGCUUUCUAUGUUAAAGCACGCCUCAUUGAACAUCAGCGAAUGCAUUCAGGAGAAAAACCUUAUGAAUGUAGUGAAUGUGGGAAAAUCUUCAGUAUGAAGAAAUCCCUUUGUCAACACCAGAGAACUCACACAGGACAGAAACCUUAUGAAUGUAAUGAAUGUGGAAAUGCCUUCUAUGUGAAAGUACGCCUCAUUGAACAUCAGCGAGUUCACACAGGAGAGAGACCCUUUGAAUGUCAAGAAUGUGGGAAAGGCUUUUGCCGGAAAGCACACCUCACAGAACAUCAGAGAACGCAUAUCAGCUGGUCCUUAUCUUGUACAAUUGACAAAGCUUCUGCUUGAAGACUCCCUUCACCAUUUGAUCAAUCCCCUUGGGGUGUCUGGGCACCAGGGCACACAGAGUGCACCUGUAACAAUUUGGCAGCUACAUUGCUAGAAAAAAUGUCUGAGCCCCUCGGGAUAGCUCUUGUUGUUUUCAUUUGGAUUUCCCUAAAUAGUGGUGAGGUUGACCAUCUUCUUAUCUGUCGAUUGGAUAUUUGAGUUUUUUUUUUCUGUUGCGCAUUGACCGUUAUAUCCUUUGCUCAUUGUUUUUUAAUGGGUUGUUUGUCCUUUAGUUCUUGGUUUAAAUGCUGUUGUUGGUUUUUUUUUUGUUUGUUUGUUUUUAACAUAUGAGGAUAUAAAAAAUCCUUUGUCAGUGAUGUGCGUUGCCAAUAUUUUGUCCCAGGCUGUGCCUUGUUCUUUAAUUUGUUAACUCUUCUACUGAAGUUUUAUGUUUAAUAUUAUCAAUUUCAGGGCGAUAAUAUUCUCCUAUACUUUUCUCUGAAGUAUAAAGUAUAGUGCAAUAUAUAAUACCAUGCUGUCUUUCUAAAAGCUUACAUAAGUGGCAUCACACUAUUUUUAAAGUUCUGCAACUUGCUGUUUUUACGUAAUUUUACCUUUCUAAGAUCUAUCCAUGUUGAUAAAUAUAGGUCUGGUUUAUUCGUUUAUCUCUCCAUUCCCCUAGUGAAGGACAUUUGUAGUGUUUCUGUGUUUUGUGUCUAAACCUAUAAGUGGAACUGAUGGGUGUAGGCAAUGUGCCAGUUAUUAAGCUACUGUCUCCCAGUUCCAAACCCACCCUUCUAUACUGUGCUUUGUGAUGUUGGGGCUGUGACUCUACAAUUUACAUUUCUGUCUUGCCAGCUGCUGUCUGUUCUGCCUUUCCAAUAAGAGAUACUAGAGAUAAUCUUUGAGGCUGGAGAAGGAAGAAGAUACUUGCUCCUUUUUUGUUUUCCUUCCUGUCAUUGGGGUGUCAGCCCAGCAUUGCUUCUUCAUUUGGACAGUGCAGUUUCUUGCUGUGGCAGCAGUUUAAUCCAGUUUGCAGUUUUCUAACACUCACAGAAUCAGCCUUAUGGCAACCUAUGCCCUUCAGGGUCAAUGGCAUCAGCUGGCUGGUACCACUUCCUUAGAGGUCUGAGUCCUAGCCACAUGGGACCCCUCCUUGACCCUUCUUGGCUGCUAUCUGAAAGGUCAGCAGUUCGAACCCACCAGUUGCUCCAC